UCGCGAAGGCGGCAAAUAAGCGUGAACGUUUGAAAAAGCCGGCUGUCAGCUGUGUAGUCCUCCUGUAAUUUUAAAGUUCGCUUUUGCGUGAUUUUAUGUUUAAUUGAUUUAUUUUAGUUACAAGAAAUAUCAUAUAAGAGAUCGAUCAUAGGACAAUUAAUUAUGUACCUCCAAUGUUUAAAUAAUAGGAAGUGAAAGUGUACAAAAUUGUUACUUUUUAACGGUGGUGUACAUGAACCUGUGACCAAUGAAAAUGACAGCUACGAGGCUAUGUAUUCUCCUGUGCGCGACGCUCAUCAUCGCAGAAGCCAGAACGCACCACCAGAAACGCGAAACUAAAUCACAUCUAUGCGAUCCAGUGUUCAAUAACACGAAUAAAAUACAAUGUUAUUGCAAUCGAGAUUCCCACGACCCCGAGCUGGUACGCAGCGCUGAAUGCUAUCCUACUGUUGAGGGAGUUGCACAAGAAGACCCCAAUUGGGACGAAUUUUUAGAACUGGAGAACGUACACAAGCUAUCCUUCACAAAUACUAGGGGUAUCGUAUUAAAAUACAUCCCGACACAAGCUUUAAAAUACACGAAAUCACUUCUAAAACUAGAAGUGAAAUACGCCACGAUCGAUACUGUUGAAUCAUUUGAUUUUGCAAACUUAACAUUUGUCGAAGAAAUGACUUUAAGGGAUAAUCAGAUAAAGGUUUUGAAAACUAAUGCUUUCGCGCAUCACAGAGAUCUCACAAUACUUACUCUUGAUUCUAAUAAUGUUGUAGAAAUUAACAGAAACGUGUUCGUAGAUCUGCCAUCUUUAGAAAAACUUUAUUUGACAAGAAAUAAACUAACGACGAUACACGAUAGAGCUUUUGUGCAUUUAUCUAAUUUAAGGGAACUAGAAAUCGAUAGAAAUAACUUGUUUAGUUUGAACAGCGAGACAUUUUCGGGAUUAAAGAAGUUGGAGAAAUUGGACCUGAGCAGCAACAGUUUGGAAGUAAUAGGCGACAAUACAUUUUUACCGUUGAAAAACCUACAGUCAUUGAAUUUGGAUGGAAACAAAAUACAAAUGCUUGAUGAGAAAGCAUUUAACGGUUUAAGCAGACUGCAAGGAUUGUCGAUGGCACACAAUGCGCUGUCUGAAAUAAAGAAUGAAAAGGUCUUUAUUGGUUUAAAAUCUUUGAGGAUGCUUAGUUUCAAAGGCAAUCAGAUAAAACACUUGGAAGAAGAUGUUAUGGCGCCUUUACUGGAGAAUUUAUACAAUAAUGUCAGCAGUUUAGAUGUCGAAGAUAACAUCUUCCCUUGCGACUGUCGCCUGGAUUGGUUCAUGUCUCUAAUGAACAACACGCAGAGCCCACACAUGAAGCUAGCUAUCGAAAACUUAAAGUGUGUUCCGAGCACAGAAAUCAGGGAAAAAUGGACGAAAACAGUUGAAGCUGAGAAAAACGCACAAGACGUAGAAGAUGGCGACGUACAAGGAAACGAUUAUGAAUAUUAUGAUGAUACACAAUUAAAUGGAAAACUGUUUUAUAUCGACAUGCGAUUCCUUCUAAACUGCUCAGCCAAUUACGAUAACCUCCUCAAAUCAGAUGUUGAUAACACGAAACCGAAAGCAAAAUUAGAUGCAACAUCAACCAAAACUAUAACAACUAAUAAACCAAUUUCGACUGCUGUUACACCUAUUAUCGAUAGAGUAACUAAAAAUCCCUUGCACAAUACUAUUACAACGAAACUUCCUCACGUGUAUGAAAAUAUCGAAAAAACUAACGAUAAAAAGCAAAAUUCAUACACAACCAGUCGCUUAUCAACUGUUUCAGCUAAGCCCAUGAAUAAUGGUUUCUUUGAUGAUCAUGAUAUGGCAUCUGAUGAAGGGAAACCGGAUAAAAUUAAAGCACACAGAAGCAUUCAAGAUAAAAUUGAAGAUAAACCCAAUAGUAAUAGUGGAAAUAUAAAUCUAGGCUGUGUUUCAGUACUCCUUGUAAUCGUAAGUUUUAGAUUAUUACUGUAAUUAAAUUAAGUUAUUUAUAAACGUUAUUUUAAGUGUACAAUUUUAAUUGCUGAAUCAGUUGAGCUAGAAUCAUUAAUUGGUAGAUUUAUUCUGACUAUUUAAACAAGUAUGUAUUGAUAAGUAAUAUAAUAAGACUUGGUUAUAAAACUGCUAAUAAUUAGCGUAUCUAUGUGGUUAUUUAUAUUAUAAAUGAAUCAAGUAAAUGAAUGAGAUUAUACUGUCUUAAUAAUGAGAUCUGAAUGUAUGUUUAGCUCUGAAGAUGUGGUAUAUAUGUAAUACUAAGUAUAAUAGGUAUUUAAUCUCUCACAGUCACUAAAAGUAAUAAACGAUAACUUAGU